AUGCAGCUUAAGAUCAAGGCAGGAGUGAAUGAGGACGGCUCGGUUAAGUAUCAGUCCCGCAGCAUUUCAGGCAUCAACCCGGAACUCACUGACACCGAGUUUUCCGAUGUGGCGGAUGCCCUUGUUACCCUGAUGGCGGAGCCAUGCCACGGCGACAGCAGAAUCAAGACCAGUAUCAAUGUUGCGAUUGCUGGUCCUAAGACCGACCUGAAGAAGGCUGAUGUCGAGGCUGUGGCAAAUACCCUUAUCACCCUGAAGGCCUUCAACGGCAUCAAGGGCGAGUUUGACACAUUCAAGGGUGCCCAGUACAAGGAAACCGUUGUUGACAAGAUAGCGUAA